CAGGCAUUGCCGGCUUCUUCCCCGGCUGCCUAUGGGGGGGAGUCCACUUGUACUGCUACCUGGCCAAUGGCAGGGGAAAGGCGCAGGGCAAGGUAGAGGUACUUACUGGGAUGUUUGUUACUAUUAUUAUUAUUUGGGAUAUCUGGCUGCUUUCCCCGGAUCAAACUGCCAUUGCAAGGGCUCGGCACUCGGGAGGUUUCCUAAGGCUUUUUUUGUUUUUUUUUUCUUUUUAUAAUUUGAUUAAUUUCGGAUUACGCAGUAAAUCGAACUCGGUUAAAGCGGGGAUUUUGGGAUUUUCGGUGAAGAGAAAGGGAAAAAAAAGGUGGAGAGAAGAAAAAAAAAAGCAAUUCCUGAAAGCUCUUUUUUUUUUUUUAUUUUUUUUUUUUUAUCCCUCUCUUUUCCCGCUCCGAGAUCUUCCUGAGACUUGUCUUUAUAAUAAUCCCAUCUCGACUUUACUUUCACAAGCUAAUCAAAAUAAAUAUUUAUAACUUUUCCCUGACUCAUUAUUACUAGCCAUUGGCUACCUUCUCGUUUUUCAAUUCCUUGCUGAGCUUUUGUGCAGCAUAGAAAUCUCUAUCCUAGCUUAACCUCCGUAUCAUAUCGCCAUGUUGUCCACUCUAAGAGUCGCCAGCCAAAAGGCUGCGACUCGCGAUGUUGCCAUGCGCCUGUUUGUUGCUGGUGCUCGUCCAGCAUCCACCUGGUCCAAUGUGCCCCAGGGCCCUCCGGACGCGAUUUUGGGCAUCACGGAGGCCUUCAAGGCGGACUCAUUCAAGGACAAGAUCAACCUUGGUGUCGGAGCUUACCGCGAUGACCAGGGAAAGCCCUACGUCCUCCCCUCCGUCCGCGCCGCGGAAGAAAAAGUCCUCAACUCGAACCCUGACAAAGAGUACGCCGGCAUUACCGGUGUGCCCACCUUCACCAAAGCCGCCGCCUCCCUCGCCUUCGGCGCCUCCAGCCCCGCCAUCAAAGAAGACCGCAUCGCCAUCACCCAGACCAUCUCCGGCACCGGUGCCCUACGGAUAGGCGCUGCCUUCAUCGAGCGCUUCUACCCGCACGGCAAGAAAAUCCACAUCCCCACCCCAAGCUGGGCCAACCACGCCGCCGUCUUCAAAGAUGCCGGCCUCCAGGUCGAGAAGUACCGCUACUACAACAAGGACACCAUCGGCCUCGACUUCGAGGGCAUGAUUGCCGAUAUCCAGGCGGCGCCUAGCAACAGUGUCUUCCUCCUGCAUGCGUGCGCGCAUAACCCGACGGGCAUUGACCCGACACAGGCCCAGUGGCGCCAGAUUAGCGAUGUGAUGAAGGCCAAGGGGCAUUUUGCGUUCUUUGACAUGGCCUAUCAGGGCUUCGCGAGUGGAGAUACGGACCGCGAUGCGUUUGCGCUGCGCCAUUUCCUGGAGGAGGGGCAUGGGGUUGUGCUGUGCCAGAGCUUUGCCAAGAAUAUGGGUCUGUAUGGCGAGCGUGUCGGCACAUUCUCCGUCGUCUGCGAGUCUGCCGAGGAGAAGAAGCGCGUUGAUUCGCAGAUCAAGAUCCUCGUCCGGCCCCUGUACUCCAACCCACCCAUCCACGGUGCCCGCAUCGCCUCGACGAUCCUCAACGACCCAGCCCUCAACCAGCAGUGGCUUGGCGAGGUGAAGGGCAUGGCUGACCGCAUUAUCAAGAUGCGUGCGCUCCUCAAGGAGAAUCUGGAGGCGCUGGGGAGUAAGCAUGAUUGGAGCCAUAUUACCAGCCAGAUCGGAAUGUUCGCAUAUACUGGCUUGAAACCUGAGCAGAUGGACAAACUUGCUAAGGAGCACUCCGUCUAUGCCACCAAGGACGGCCGCAUCUCCGUUGCCGGUAUCACCACCGCCAACGUCAAGAGACUGGCUGAGUCCAUCUACAAAGUCACCGGAUAAAAAAAGAAAGAAGAAGAAAAAAAGAACAAGAGCGUCUUUGACCUAAACACUGUCCUCCCUCUCCCUUCCCAAAAGCAGUCGGCUCUAUUGAGGAAAAGAAAAUGUUAAGAUUAGAAACUAGAUUUUGUAUUCUUCCUUGGCGUGUCUCUACUGGCCAGCAACUCCCCUUAACUGUUUCUCUCUUUUAUUUUGGUUUUGUUUUUUGUCUGUCGUUGUUUUAUUAUUAUUAUCAUCAUUAUUGUGUGUACCCUGCUAAGCCUUUUUUUUAUUGCGUAACGAUGUACUUGUACGUUUUUUCUUAAAGUUUCCCUUUUGUGUGUGUGUGUGUGUAUGUGUUCAUCGUGACUAUCUACUAGCAAUUCUUUUUUUAUAAAAUGGUUUUAUUUCAAUGCUUCCUGCUACAUUAGAAUUAACUUCUCCUUCCCUGUCCCUUUUUUCUCUUCUUAUUCUCCCCUUGGCGUUAAUGCGGCCGCUGGACCCCUAUAGAAACCGGGGUGUAGGGCGAAUUGCUCGGCAUAUUGUCUGUCUCAAAUCCCCCAUCGACCUCAACCCCAGAGACAAACCGGGCUAGCCUGCGCAUAUUCCUGAUUCCUGCCUUGCGUCAAUGCAUGCAUGCUAUCUGCUAUGCUAUGCUAUGCUAUGCUAUGCUACCUUGCGAGGUUCUGAAGGAGCAGAUUCUCGCAGAGAAUUGGAGCCCGGAUGCGAGUGCGAAUACGAAUGCGGGUAGUAACUUAUUCUAAAGUACAGGUUUUUGUUUUGAAGCUUUUGAAGUCGUGGGACGGCAGGUAUACAAUAUCAUUGCAAUUCUGUAUAUAUAUAUAUUGUAUGUACGUGUAUAUGUAUAUGUAUAUAUAUAUGUAAUGGCUUUUAUAUGUCUGUUUUCCAG